AUGGUUAUUAAAAAGGUCUUUGAAGAUUUUUAUCGUGAAAACUUUCUGAUGAUAAGAGAUAGCUUUUAUAGGAAUCAAUACUUUAGUUUUGGAUUGAUAUUGUUUUAAACCAUUUAGUUAUAAGGGAUAUUUCUCAGUGAAAAUAAUUUUGAACCGUAAAAACAUGAAAAAAAGAGAGGGAUAAUGGAUGCAAUAAUUUGGAUUUUAAAAUCAUCAAAGUAAACAUUUGAUUAGAAUAUUAGGAUAUACCCUUUAUUUCAAACUGAAACAAACUUAAGUCAAAUAUAUUUUAUAGAUGUCUGUUUCUUAAUUAUUGUAAUUGUGAUUUCUCUUUUAAAUUUAAUUGUUGUAUUUAGGAAGAAUAGUUAAUAGAAGUAGACAAAUUAGAAAAUAAACGGAUUAUUUUCUUUAAAAUUUUCAGAUUUCCCCAUUUAAUUGUAAACUAAAUAAUAUUUUCAUGUAAAUUUUAUCAAAUUCAUUACUAAUGCAUUGUCGUUCUUUUUGUAAACAUAUAAAUAUGUGCUCCAUUGGAUGACCAUUUAUUGUUCAUUAAAUAUUUUUAACAACUAUAUUGCAGAUGAUCAAUAAGCAAAUCAAAAUUGGAUUUAUACAUAAGGCAUGAUCGCAUCAAUAUUUGUGUUUUUAUUUUUUCUAAUCCUUGAUAUCUUUAUGAUGUUUCAUUGUUUUGAUUACAAAUUUAAAAACAAAGAUUGUUUGGGAAGAAAAGUAACUGGAUUUAAAUUAUUAUAAAACAUCUACAUUUAUGCAUGCAUACUCAUAAUAAUAUUUACUAAACAAAAAUACCCAAAUCUGCAAUUAUUAUUAGGACUAUUUUGUAAUUUGUUUUUUUUACUGUUAAGUACUCUAUAAAUUUUAUUUAGAAGACAAUAAAUUAAUACUUUUUAGUCAUUUGUAUUGGGUCAAUUUAUAUUUAUAUAUAUUGGAUAGAUUUGUUACAUUAAUAAUUUAUUCUCAAUAGAUUUCCUUAAUUUAUUGGUUUUCAUCUCAUCUCCUAUUAUAAUUGCAGUCUAAAUAAUCAUCAGACGAGAAUAGUUUAAGUAUCAUUUUGCAGUAAGUUUAAAGGAUCCGAGAAAUUUGGAAGAAAAAUUAAGAAUAAUGUAUGAUCUGAUUAAAAUGACUUAUUAUAAGGAUUGGAGAACUUUUAAGAAACCAAUUAUUAGAACCUACAUUUCCCUCUAAUUACACAAUGUUGCUGCUAAUCAUUUAAGAAAUUGUUCAGGCUAUUUGGUAGAGGAUGGUUAACCUUUACAAUACAAUCUUUCUAGAUAAUGUUUUUGUAGAUAAUACUUUUAAUAUAGUGAAUAGAAAUCUCUUACAUUUUGGAAAAGAGAUUUAGAUCAUGAUACAGAGAAGAAAUACUUUGCUUUUAAAAGUGAGAAACAAUUUAAAUAAUUUCUGUUCGAUUUAAUUCGAUACUAUUUUGAAAGAUUUCUGUAAAAUAAAUCAUUUACGGAUAACAAUGAAUAAUUUUCAUAUAUCUACUUCCUAUUUUAAGUACAAAAGAAGCCUACUAAAGCAUUUUAUGAAGCAAUGAACUUAAAAUUUAAAGUUAAGAAGCUGAACUAAAAGAGAACUAUGAUAAUUGAAUAAUUGAUUUAAGAUGCUAAACAUAACUUCAAUUAGAUGAUCGAAAAAAAAGAUCUUAAAAAUCAGAAGUACAACUUUAAAUAGGUUUUUGACUUUGAUUCAAAUCUUGACACUUCUAAAUAAAACUUUUAGAUCAUACUUUCAAAUUAUAAGAAAUGGUUUUAUUAACUGUUGAAUUAAUAAUUAUAAUUGCAAUCAAUCAUAAAGAAAGGAACUGAAUUAUAGUUACAGAUUCAAGUCUUAGAAAAACAAUUAUUCUAAUUAUAUUAACUAAAUCCAGUCUCCACUGAAUUAGACACUAUCAUCUAUUUGUUUUAUAAAUACUUAAAUUUCAACAUCAAGAGACCUAAAACAACUAAAAGAAAUUCUACAUAUGCUAACUAAUUUGUCUAGUCUAUUAAUUAACAAGUAUUUUAAAGGGAUUCCUGCAUCAUUUAUAUUUCAUUAAUGAAUCAAAGAGGCUCAAUACAAAAUUAUACAAAAUCCUUCAAAUCACUUAUCUUGGGGACUGAUUAAGAUAUCAAAUAUUAGAAUAUUAAACAUUUCAUGCCUGAUUCUAUUGCCUAGUAUCAUGAUAUGUAUUUAGACAACUUUAUUGAAUUUGGCAGAAUGAACAUUGUGAUGGCUGAAUAAAGAUUUUUAAUAUUGAAAAACAAAGAAUCAUUCAUCAUUCCAGUCUAUGCCAAGGUGAGAUUGGAAAAUUACUCUAAUAGUGACUUUGGAUCUUCUGCAUUAAUCACAUAAAUAAAUUAAUAGAAUUAUUAUAUAGUCAUAAGCAAAUUUGGGAUUUUAGAAGAGAUAUCAUAGAACUUUUAUGAAGAUAUUAUCAAGAAAACAUUCAACUGUCCUCCCAAUUAAUUGAAGAAUCUGAAUUUCCUUAGAAUUAUGCCAUGUUUAUUAAGGGAUCUCUAGAAACUUGAAGAAACUUACAAAAAUAAUACUGAAAUUGAUUUUGAAUUCUAGUAGCAAAACAAAGACAAAGUAAACUAUGACAUUUUGAAGGAAGGACAUAUUCUAAUACCAAGAUAAUUUAAUCUAAAUGAAUAUAUACAAUUACUAAGGACAAGCAUGACUGGUGAUAUUCAAACAUACUUUUUACUGAAUAAUAGAAAAGUCAUCUUUACUAUUAGAACGUUUAACAUUAUUUUAUCUUUUAUAUUAAUGAAGACUAUAAAUUCAUUGCAUAUAAUCCUGGAUAUCUAGAAUCUUAAGAUGGUAAAAUCAGAACAACAAUAAAAGGUGCUGAAAGUCAUUUAGAAUCUUUGUAAUUUUGAGGGUUAACAUAUCAAUAUUUAGCAAUAGACUCCAAAGAUUAAUUAUAUGCAUCAGGAUUCUGAAUACAAGGAAAACUUAUAUAAAGAUAAUUUUGAUUUGUUUAGGAAGUCUCAAUCAUCUGAAUAUUUAGAAAGGAAAUACUAAGAUGUGGAGUCAAAUUUGUUAUUAGAAGAUGAUGUGAUGAUCACUCAAAAAUAAAGGAAUAUUGAGGAAUAUAAUCCUUUUUCUAAAAGAGAAUAGAUAUCUUUAACUCUGGAUUCAAAAUCAAAAGAAAACUAAUAAUUAUUGUAGAUGGAAUUCGACAAUUCAAAAUAGUAUCAAAGAUAAAAUAGUUUCUAAUUGAUAUCAAAGAAUCAGAUAGAAGACAUGGAUCUUUCUAAUAAAAAUUCUAAGGAUUCAAUUGAUUCAAGUUCUGAUCACAAAAGCAAUAAUAAAAUCACUAUUCAUUAGAAUGAUGGAGGUAGUUCAAUUGGUAGUUCUUAAUAAUAAUCAGAUUAUCUUAGCAAGAGAAGAAUGAUUAAGGAUGUCUUAUACUCAGAUCAUCAAUUCUAAAAUAAUACAACCAAAAAAGGAAUGUUAAUCUUUGGAUUGCUGUUACUAAUUAUUUUAUAUGUUCUCAAUCUUGUGUUUAUAAUUAUCUCUAAAGAAAAAUUUUUAUUGAUUGAAACAAAUAAGCAUGUCUCCAAAAAUAUUGAGUGUUCUUUUAACCUUUUCAUACUAUCCAAUCAAUAUUAGCAAAUAUUGCGUUAGAAUCAAACAACUUUGCCAUGGUAUGAUUAGAUACAAAAUGUCUCAAUCAAUUAUUACAAGUAGUAUAUAUAAGUAAUUCUGAAUGAAUAAAAUACUAUAAUAGAGUAAUCAAGCUUUAAUUAAUAAUAAAACAUCAUUUUUACCCAAAACAAUCAGACCCUAUUAUUAGAUUAAUUGUUCAUAUUUAAAUUAGUUGGUUAAUAAAUGAUUGAUUAUAUAAAAAACAAUGAAGUAGAUGAUAAUAAUAGCAUACAAUUCAUAAUUGAUAACUAUUUAGUAAUUAUCACUGAUAUGCUCUCUGAAUUGAAUUCAUCAAUUACUACUAACAUAAAUGAAUAAAUUGAUUUUAUUUAAACCUAGCAUUAAUUAUCAAUAAUUCUGUCAGAAGUAACAUUAAGUUUAUUAGUAAUCAUAUUAUUACCUGUAUUUUUGGUGAUAAAUAAAUAAAAGAAUACUAUUUUAUAAUUCUUCACAACAUUCCCAUAAUCAGAACUGUAACAAUAAUUUGAUGUAUAUCAAAUUUUAUUGGAGAAAUUAGAAGAGACUAAAUUCGCUCAAUAAGAAACUAAUCAAUAUGACAUUGAAAGUGUUCACAUUAAAAAGUUUGCCAAAACUAUUCGAGGGAUUAAGGAUUCCAAUCAUAAGAAAUAAUAACAUGGAAAAUUGAAGACCAUAAUUGGAUCGAAUGCCACUCCCUUAAUAAUCUUCAGUAUCUUAUUAGUAUUGCUGUUAUUUUCUAUAGUAUCAGCUUACUUUAUCACUUCUUAUUUGAUUCAAUUUUAAUUUUUAAAUGAAUAUCAAAAUUACUUUUAAUAAAAUACAAUUUAUAGUACUUUACAAAAUGAAAUAUUAAAAGAGAAUUCCAUCGAAAAUAUUAUCAUAAAUAGUUUGAUUAGCCAAAACACAUUAGAAGUGAAUGAUACUUCAAUCUUAUAAUUGAUUCAGUAUCAGUAGGAAAAUUAGAAUUAGGCAUUAAUUUAUUACUCCUAAGAACUGACAGGUAAACUAAAUAAUGACGAUUCUCAAUUAUUUGAAAUAUUGUCAAAUAACUUUUGUGCUGUUUUUGAUAGUCUUUUAAUAUCGCAUUUGUCGAAUUAGCAAUAUUUAGAUUAUUUUUCUUAUGAGAUUUGUGAAUCAUUUGGUAAUUAAUAAUCUGGAGUCAGUGUCACUUUGGCUAAUUUUAUCACUCAAAUGAAUUAAUUUUAUGAGACUCUAUCAAUAUUUGAAUGUAAUAUUAAUAUUUUAAAUCCUUAAAAUUUAGAUAAGGAAGUGAUUUUAUUGAGCAAUAAAGAGUUAUAAGAAAUCUUCAUUUAUUUAACAUUUGUGCUUCAAGUUAUAUCUGAUUAUGAAGAUUAUCAAUUAAGAGACUUAAUUGACAGCCAUUUUGUGAGUUAAAUAGUCAUAUUUGCGAUUGGGGCUACGUUUGUUUGUGUUUUUACUUUUAUAACAGAGAAGUGUUUCAAGAAUUUAAUUUCAAAUUAAAUUAAUUAAUCAAAAUUAUUAUUAACAUUAAUCCCAUUUGAAGUAUUAUAAACAAAUGCUUAUGUGAUGACGUAUGUGUUGCAGGAGUCUAAGAAAAUAUAUUUGUGA